CCUACCACUACCAUCUCGCCUCGCUCCCCUUGCCGGACCCAGUAAAAUACUGUUGCCAGUCGCCGGCGAGAUGGCCCACGGCCGCAUCCUCCUCGCGGCGCUCGCCGUCCUCGCCACCGCCGCCGUAGCCGCCGCCUCCUUCGCCGACUCCAACCCGAUCCGGCCCGUCACCGAGCGCGCCGCCUCGACGGUCGAGUCAACGGUCCUCGGCGCGCUCGGCCGCACCCGCCACGCCCUCCGCUUCGCGCGCUUCGCCGUCAGGCACGGCAAGAGCUACGAGAGCGCGGCGGAGGUGCAGAGGCGGUUCCGGAUCUUCUCCGAGAGCCUCGCGGAGGUCCGCUCCACCAACCGGAAGGGCCUCUCCUACAAGCUCGGCAUCAACCGCUUCUCUGACAUGAGCUGGGAGGAGUUCCGGGCGGCCAAGCUCGGCGCCGCGCAGACCUGCUCGGCCACGCUCGCCGGCAACCACCUGAUGCGUGACGCCAACGCGCUCCCGGAGACCAAAGACUGGAGGGAGACUGGAAUCGUUAGCCCUGUAAAAGACCAGGCAAGCUGCGGCUCCUGCUGGACCUUCAGCACUACUGGAGCACUUGAGGCAGCAUAUACUCAGGCGACUGGAAAGAACAUCUCUCUUUCUGAGCAACAGCUGGUUGACUGUGCCGGUGCAUACAACAAUUUUGGAUGCAACGGAGGUCUUCCAUCCCAGGCAUUUGAGUACAUCAAGUACAAUGGUGGCAUUGACACCGAGGAGUCUUACCCUUACAAGGGUGUCAAUGGCGUCUGCAAAUACAGGCCUGAAAAUGCUGCAGUUCAAGUUGCGGACUCGGUCAACAUCACUCUGAAUGCUGAGGAUGAACUGAAGAAUGCUGUCGGGUUGGUUCGCCCAGUCAGUGUUGCCUUUGAGGUGAUCGACGGUUUCAAGCAGUACAAGAGCGGAGUUUACACUAGUGACCAUUGUGGAACUACUCCUGACGAUGUGAACCACGCUGUUCUUGCUGUUGGCUACGGUGUGGAGAAUGGCGUCCCGUAUUGGCUCAUCAAGAACUCAUGGGGAGCCGACUGGGGUGAAGACGGUUACUUCAAGAUGGAGCUGGGAAAGAACAUGUGUGCUGUCGCUACCUGCGCAUCCUACCCUAUCUUGGCGGCAUGAAGCGGCGAUGGGCAAGUUCGGUGCCGAUUUGCCAGACACGAAUAAUGUGUGUUUCAGCCCGAGCAAGACAUGAAGAUGGGCGUAUACAGAAACUGAGACCUUGUUGUGAAUAGAAAAUCUAAGGACUGAAAAGAGCCCUGUGCCUGCCUGUACUCUUCUUCUCUAUGGUUGUGUAGGUAAUCCAACAAUUUACUGGGAUUUCACAUUUGUACGACAUUUUAUUCCCGAGACAAAUAAAAUGACAUCCACAGUUCACCAAGGCA